AUGAGAAUACGACAACUAAUUCCGGAUCAGACGGUUAACAAUGAACAAUCUGAACCUCAUGAGUUUCAAUUUAAUAUUACUGAAACAAAUGAAACUGAUGAACAAAUUACAAUUGAUGCUGAAAAGACAUCAUUAAACGAUGAUGAUUCACAACAGCAUCAACAGAACUUAACUGCAGAUCAAUUACAACAGUUAUUCACUCGAGCUAGUUCUGAAUUGGUUGCAGAUUCGAUGGAUGAUCAAGAAUUUUUUAAACGUGAAGAAACAAUUGAAGCACCAAAAACAAGUAAAAUAAUACAAGCACCAUUUCCACCACAUUCAGAAGAUCGUAAACAAGAUCUUGAUCUUGACAUCGAACAAUUGAAGCAAUUAGCAAAACAAGAAGUAGGCCCACUGAUCAUUGAAAGAUAUUCUCCAAGUGAAACACAAAUCAAUUAUCAAUUGGCAACUGUUACCAUAACAUUUAGCCAACCUAUGAUUGCUGUUUCAUCAUUAGAUGAUCAAAUAAAUAUCGAAGAUCUUGGUAUAUCAUUAGCACCUGCGAUAGAAGGUCGAUGGAGAUGGUCAGGAACGAAAACAGUUCAGUUCGAACCAAAACAUCGUCUACCAUUUUCAACAAAAUAUAUAUUAAAAGUUGACAAACAACAUUGUGUAUCAGCAAUUGGAGGAAAAUUAGAAGAUGAAUUAUUGUUUGAAUUUUCAACAACAACACCAAAUGUCCUUCAAUUCUUACCAGAUGAAAUAGUUUCAACACUGAAACCGAUCUGUUUUCUAUUAUUUGAUCAAAAAAUUGACGGGAAUACAAUUUUACAGCAUUUACGUGUAAUGAGCAGUGAUAAAAAUGAAAUAACAAAUAACGAAGUAGAACUAAUAGAUGAAGUUACAGCAAAAAAGGAAUUUAAAUUAUACAUAGAUGGUAUUGAAGGAAAUGAUGAGAAAUAUGUUGCAUUUACAUUUAAAAAUGAUUUAUUAAAAGCAACACAAUAUACAAUUCAAUUGCCUGCAGGUUGUCCAUCAGCUGAAGGUCCAUUAGUAACAACAUCAGAGUGGUCAGCUAAUUUUCAGACUUAUGAACCUCUAAAAAUUAUUGAUUGGUACCCAAAUAAAAAAAAUGAAUACCAAGCAUCCUGUAGUCCUGACCAUAGUUGGUCUGUAACAUUCAAUAGUUCAUUAGAUCAUUCGAUUAUUAAUAAAUCAUUAUUUAAAAUCGAACCAGACGUUAGUGGAUUAGGUAUUGAACAUGUCGAAUACAAUGAUCGACAAAUAACAAUACAUAAUAAUUCUAAACCAAAUACUAUUUAUACACUAGUUAUACAAUCAGAAUUAUUGAAAGAUAUUCAUGGUCAAACAUUAGAACAUGAUCAUUCUGAACAACCGAUUCAGUUUCAUGUACAUGAUUCACCAACAUUAUUUGGAGAUAUUUCGGGUGCUACAGGUAUGAUUAUAAUGGAUCCUGGUGUAUUGGAUGAACCAUUUUAUCCAUUUAUGAUUUAUAAUUAUUCUGAAAUAACAUUGCGUAUUAAUCGAGUCAAACCAGAACAUUAUAAUCUAAAUUUACCUUGUUUUGAGCAAUUCUUUUACAGAUAUGGAGAAGAAGAAUCGUAUCAUCAAUUACCUGGAGAAGAAUUGUUAAAUGAAGUUAUACAAACCAAUUGUGAACGUGAUGAACCAAAAGAGAUGAAAAUUCCUUUAAAAUCAUAUUUAACAAAAAAUUCUGGUGUAGGCCAAUUAAUUAUCUUUAUUGAACCAACAGAAAAAGCAUGCCAGGAAUGUCAACAUAAUCAUUGGGAACGUAAACAAAUUAUAUCAGCCUGGUUACAAUGUACACGAUUAGCAGUUGAUCUAUUUGUUUCUUCAGGUACAGACGUUAGAUUAACUGCAUGGAUUACUGAAUUAAUGACUGGUAUACCUGUCAAUCAAGCAAUUGUUUCAAUACGGGACAAGAAAGAAGAAACAAAUCAACAAGGAUUAUGCAGUAUUUUAAACUAUAAAUCUGAAAAUAAUGAAUCAGGAAAUGAAAUAUUAAUCGUAGAAAAAGAUGAUGAUCUAUGUAUUCUAACAGAUAUUUAUUCGUAUGUAUCAAAUCCUAAUGUUUACGUUUGGCAUGUAUUUAAUGAUCGAAAUCUAUAUAAACCAAAGGAAGAUGUGCAUAUCAAAGGAUAUGUUCGAUUACUAGAAGUAAAAGGUGAUGCAAAAUUACCAACUUAUGCUCAAGGUAUCAUUGAUUAUAUUGUUUAUGAUCCUCGUGGUGAACAACUUCAACAAUCAAAAGUCGAAUUAAAUAAUUAUGGUGCAUUUGAUAUCAAAUUUACAUUACCUGAUAAUGCUAACUUAGGUAGUGCAUGGGUAAACUUCAGUUUACCAGAUUCAAAAGGUGAAACAACACAUCAUUUCACAGUUCAAGAGUUUCGUAGACCAGAGUAUGAAGUUUCAUCAAUGACUCGACCAUCAAUAGUACAUUAUUGUCAUCCAAAUAAUGAUGCAUACGUUAUAGCUACUUGUCAAGGAAAAUUAUUUACUGGUGGUUAUUUAAAUGAUGCCAGUGUUCAAUGGGCAAUACAUGCUGAAACAACAACAUUUACACCAGCCAACAGAUCUAAUUAUACAUUUGGACGAGCUCAACCAUUCUUUUGCUGGUUUGGUUACAGUAAUGAUAAUAAAAUAAUAUAUCCAACAAAGCAUUUUCAAGGUAUAACAGAUAAUAAAGGUACACAUGAAAUAAAGAUUACUUAUCAUGGUAUUGAAAAAGAACCAAGACCAACAAUAAUUCGUGCACUAGCAUCUAUUACUGAUUUAAAUAAUCAAACACAGGAAACUCAAACACAAUUUCUCAUUCAUCCAUGCAUAUAUUAUGUUGGAUUUCAAUUAGUAAAUAAUUAUGGUAAAAAAGAUAAACCUGUACAAACAAAAGUCAUUGUUACAGAUAUUGAUGGAAAUUUAAUUGAUAAUAUUUCAAUUGAAUGUAAAAUAGUUGGCAUUGGUCAAGAAAAAAAAGAAGAUGAAAAUGGUUUAACAGUAUUUGAAGAAAUAAAAGAUGAACAACAAUUUACAAAUGUUAGUUCCAAUAAAGAUGCAAUCAAUAUGGAUUUUAUACCAAAACUAGGAGGUCAAUACAAUAUAUCAUAUACUGUCAAAGAUGAACAAGGGCGAUUAGCUAUGAGUUUCUAUGAUAAUCUUUAUGUUGCUGGUGGUAGUGGAAAAGAAAUGAAAAAACAGAAAGUAGAAUAUGUUCCAAUUGAUACAUUGGCAAUUAUACCUAAUGCAACAAAUUAUCAACCAGAUGAUACAUGUGAAUUAUUAAUCUUAGCACCAUUUAGUCCAGCUAAUGGUUUAGUUAUAUUUGAUUGUGAAGGUCAAAUUGCUCAACCAAUACAAUUUCACAUUGAACCUGAAAAAGAUUCAACAACUGUUGAAUUUAAAAUAUCAAAAGAUUGGAUACCAGGAUUUACUGUUCGUGUUGAAUUAGCAGGUUCUAUUUCAAGAGAAACAGAAAUAGUUAAUUCAUCAAAUCGCCCAGCAAUUGCUACUGGUACAGUAUCAUUAGAAGUCUCAAGAGAUUUGUAUAAACUAAAUAUAUUAGUUAAUACAAAAGAAACAGAUAAAACGUAUACACCAUCAUCAAUUAUUCAUAUAGAUGUUAAUGUUACGCAAUAUACAGAUAAAGUACCUGUAGACAAAGCUGAAGUUUGUCUAAUUGUUGUUGAUGAAGCUAUUUUAUCAUUAACUGAUUAUAAAUUAACUAGUCCAUUGGAUAUAUAUUAUCCGAAUCGACCAGCAAAUAUUACGGAAUACCACGGUAGAAAUCGUUGUUUAUUAUUUAAAAUGCAAGAUAUGGAACAAUUUAAGAAAGAUAUGCAACGAAAGCAAGACGAACAUGUGCAUUUUGAAUCAUGUAUGAUGAGCAAUAUGAAUAUGGAGUGUUAUACGGAUCGUGCUGCAUUUGGAGGUUCGUAUGGAGCUACUUGUGGUGGUAGUGAACAAAAAAUAGCUGUUCGAUCGAAUUUUAAUCCAUUAGCAUGUUGGGUACCAUCAUUAAUUACUAAUUCAUCAGGACAUGUUUCAUUUGAAUUUAAGUUACCUGAUAAUUUAACACGCUAUCGUGUAUGGGCCAUAGCAACAAAUGAUAAACAAUUUGGUUUAGGCGAAAUGUCAUUUACUGUUCAAUUACCAAUUAUGAUUCGACCUUCACCACCAAGAUUUCUUAAUUAUGGAGAUACAGCUCAUUUUUCAGUUGUUUUACGAAACCAAACUGAUCUAUCGAUAUUAUUACAUGCUGGUUUAAAAGCAACUAAUGCAAAAUUAAUAACAUCAGAAGAAAAUCAACAAGUAGUUGGUUAUUCAAUUCAACUCGAACCAAGUAAACGAGUUGCACUUACAUUUCCAAUAUCGACAAUUCAUGCAGGCACAGCUCGAUUUCAAUUUAUAGUCAUUACUGCUGUAAAUGAAUCACAAACAUCAUUUGGUGAUGCAAUUGAAUUAAGUAUACCUGUCUUCACACCAGCAACAUCUGAAGCAUUUGCAACAUAUGGUGAUAUAUGUGAAGAAGAAGUUGUUUUCCAACCAAUCAAAACACCAGAGAAUGUUAUUCCGCAAUUUGGUCAAUUAUCAAUAUCAACAAGUUCAACAGCAUUAGCUUCAUUAACAGAUGCAAUUAUUUCACUUUAUACAUAUCCAUAUGAAUGUACAGAACAAUUAAGUUCAAGAUUAUUAGGUAUACAAUCAUUAUGGGAUGUUUUACAAGCAUUUCAUUGUAAAGAUUUACCAGAUAUAUCAAUAAUGACAACUAAAUUACAAUCAGAUAUGAACACAUUGAAAGGUCGUCAAUUCUCUAAUGGUGGAUUUGGUUAUUGGACAAAUAGAAAUGAUUCUUAUGCUGAUCCAUUUGUAAGUGUACAUACUGCACAUUGUUUAGUUGUUGUUAUAAAAAAACAGAUAUGUAAUGUUGACAUGUAUAUGCUGGACAAUGUAUUGAACUAUCUUACAAAUAUUGAAUCUGAAAUUGAUAAGUUACCCUAUAGUAAACAUUGGUGUGAAACAACUCGAUUUAGUUUGAUCAGUUAUGCAUUAUAUGUGCGUGCGAAACAUCUUCAAAUUGUAGCUAAUGAAGCAUUAGAAUUAUUUGUACGAAGUGGAUUGAAUAAACUUAGUUUGGAAGCAUUGGGAUGGUUAUUAAUAUCAUUAUCUACAGAGAAAAAUGAUAAGACAGAUCAAUUAAUUGAAACAAUAUAUAAACAUUUGAAAGGUAAAGUAAAUGAAACAAGUGAAACAGCAAAUUUUAUAACAUCCUAUGGUGAUGAUGGUCAAUCCGUUAUGUUACAUUCAGAUCAACGAACAGAUGCUAUUCUAUUAGAGGCAUUAUUAUAUAUUGAUCCAGACUCAACUCUUUGUACGAAACUAUGUAAAGGUUUACAGGCGCAUAAAGUUAAAGGUGCAUGGAAAUCAACACAAGAAAAUUGUUUCGUAUUAAUUGCAUUAGAAAAAUAUUUUCUUAUCAAAGAAAAAGAUACACCAGAUUUUAUUGCUAAUAUUUGGUUAGAUAAUGAUUAUUGUGGUCAACAUCAAUAUAAAGAUCGAACAACAGAUACACAUACAGUAAAUAUUCCAAUGAAAGUAGUUUUGUCAUCAUCAUCAUCCAAUGCAGAAAUUGAUGAUCAGAAUAAAAAUUUAGUCAUGCAGAAAGAUGGCAGUGGUCGAUUAUAUUAUCGUAUUGCAUUAAAUUAUGCUCCAUCAAGCUUACAAUUAGAUGCUGUUAACUAUGGUUUUAAAAUUGAACGAACAUACAUGGCUGUCGAUGAUCCUUCACAUGUUCAAAAACAAUCCGAUGGUAUAUGGAAAUUGAAGUUAGGUGAAAAAGUCAAGGUUAUAUUAACAAUGACUACUACACAACGACGAUAUCAUAUAGCAUUAGUUGAUUAUUUACCAGCUGGUUGUGAACCAUUAAAUACACAAUUAAAAGGUACAUUAACAGGUGAUACAGAAUCAUCAGUAACAAGAUCAAAUCGAAAUAAUUGUUAUUUUGGAUGUCAACCACAUUCAAUUCUUGGUUGGACUGAACAUGAAAACUUAAGAGAUGAACGUGCUGAAGCAUUUCGAUCAUUAUUAUGGCCAGGUGUAUAUGAAUGGAGUUAUGUUAUGCGUGCAACAUGUGCUGGUACAUUUAUAGUACCACCAGCCAAAGCGGAAGAAAUGUAUUCACCAGAAAAUUUUGGUCGAUGUGCAUCAGAAAAAGCUAUUAUUAACUAA